CAUGACUUGACUUACUAUAGGAGUUACAGAUGACCGUAUCGAUGUUUACUGGUUUUUUUGGGUCGAUCUUGCUGUUGGUGAAACUGUGUUGCCAUGUUGGGCUGGGAUAUAACAUCGAUACCGAAUUUCCUCAGAUAUUCCGAGGGCCGAGUGGUUCGAGAUUCGGCGUUACUGCUGAGAUAGUCAAAACUGUGUCUAAUUCUUGGAUUCUUGUAGGAGCCACAGGAGAUAACUUUACCGAUAAACCGGAAAUACCAGAACCCGGAAACGUGUACGCAUGCCCAGUCAACUUCAAUGUUGAUGCCAAAUGCUCCAUUUUACCGAAUUUGCGAACAGCUGAAUCGACGUCAACCGUGAAACCUAGCGGAGUGUUUGAGCAAAGACAGCAACUUCUAGGGGCGACAAUUCAUGUUCCGAAAAAUCGUGAUUCUCCUAUACUGAUUUGCGCACCGAAAUGGCGGAAUUUGCGCUUCUUUUCCCCAUCAAACUCCCAACUAGAAUCGUACCAGGUUGUUGGCAAUUGUUUCAAACUUCCCAAUCGAAACGAUCUGAAUCAGACAACGCUCAAUAUGUUCCGAAUGAACAUGACAAUGAUAAGGGACUACUACAGGGAUCCCAUGUUCGGAUUCUCUCUGACUGAUUCCCCGCACCCAUCCUUUGAUGUUAUAUUCAGUACACCAAACGCGGGUUCAGCAUCCACGGGUGGAACUUUUGCGCAGGCGCACAACCCAACACGUACUCAGCCAUUCAUCAUCGAAAACUCCGAACUCAUCACUACCUAUGUAUCAGGAUCUUAUUUUGCCUAUAGUUUGGCGACCGGACAGUUCGGUAGUAGCGGGUACUACUACGUCGCUGGAGCACCGGGGUUCAGCAAUCUAAAUGGCGUCGUGGGGUCGUUUUCGAUUCUAGAAGUUAAUGGAGUCUCGGAACAACAGGUGAAAUUAAUUGAAGGACUUCAGAUAGGUGGCGGCUUCGGGCAGACACUAGUGAUAGCGGACGUUAACGCUGAUGGGCACGAUGAUAUCCUGGUCGGGGCACCAAACACGUACCUUAAUGACGUCAACAAAAACAGGGUUAUUUACGAUGUUGGGGCCAUACAUGUAUUCUAUGGAAACGGGGACCCUGCGACAUUGAUUAACCAAGAUCCACAUACCAUUAUGGGUACACGAAAACUGGGGUCGCGGUUUGGAACGGCGAUAUCCAGUGUUGGGGACUUGAACAAAGACGGAAUAAACGAUAUAGCUGUGGGCGCUCCAUACGAAGAGGGUACGGGUGUUGUUUACAUAUACAACGGGAACACACCUAGAAUGGAGGAUAAGUACUCUCAGAGAAUCCUUGGAAAAGAAAUACGAGCUGGAGUUUCUGGUUUCGGUUAUUACAUCUCAAAAUUUGGAGAGGACCUUGAUGAAAACAAAUACAAUGACUUUGCUGUUGGCGCCUAUAAGUCGGACGAAGUAGUCCUCCUGAGAGCCCGGCCCAUUGUGGAGGUCCGGGUUUAUUCCCGGAUAGAUCCGGAUCCAGUCCCCCUUACCUCAACCGGAACACCCUGUGGGUCACAGGGGUCACAGGGGUCAACGAAUCCGUGUUUUACCGCGAGCCUCUGUUUUGACUUCACAGGGGAAGGCACAAAUAAAACAUAUAUAGAUGUAGAAAUAUUUGCCGAUACCGAGAGAGGUCGACCUAGAGUGUCGUUUGAAGGAGCUGGUCAGCAAGACAGCUUUAAUGUCUCUCUGUUUGAGAUCUACAGCUACAGAGUCAGGUGUUUGAACGUCACACUACGGACCCUGGUUGUGGAUCGCCAAUUCUUUGAGCUGAUUGAGAUACCAGUGGUUUUGAUGACGACUUUCCGUCUGAGUACAGAAUCUGUACCGUCUACAGUAAGGGCCAUAUUAAAGAGAAACGUGCCGACCAUGCUUAAAAGCCAGGUCUCUUUUGACACUGGGUGCAAAUCUUUGACUUGUUUUUCAAACCUUCAGCUCGUCUCGCUAAUGGAUAAGAAUACUUUCAUGAUUGGUCAAGACAAAGAUCUCAGUUUAAACACUGUAGUGAAAAACUUUGGCGAACCUUCCUUUAUGACCGAAUUAAAAAUAAUAUACCCUUCUAUAUUUUCAUACUCGGGUGUUAGGACAGAACUGUUUUCAGAGAAAAUAACGUGCAACCCUGUACCGACUUCCGGGAACACUGCCGUCUUAUCAUGCCGCCUGGACACUCCAUUUUACGCCCACAUGGUUGUCAAUGUUACAAUAUACUUUUAUCUAACGGACGCUAUCAUCACUAAUCCGGAUAUUUUGUCCUCCUCUGGUUUGACUUUUAGCAGCAGUGUAUCUACCAAUCACGACACAGAUCCAAACAAUAAUGCCGACACCAAGACUGUUCAGCUUGCAAUGUUAACAGAUGUUUCAUUAAAAAUAGCCUCCUCUGCGGAACAAAUUCUAGCAACAAACAACACUGUAUCCUUCACUACAAGCUACACGCUAUAUAACGAUGGUCCAUGUCAAAUCGAGGCAGCAUUGAUCUAUUUCUCUUUUCCGGUUCUAUACGAAGAGAAAGUGUGGAUAGACGAGGACAACUCAAUGCCUACGCCAUCAAAUAUAGGUGACAAAUGCAUCUUGAAAUAUCACCCUGAACAAGUCAACGUAGCUUCCGGAAAUUCCCCAGCUUCUGUCACGUUCACUGUCAGCCGGAAGUUCGUACAGCGGCCAAUUGCGCAGAAACCGGAAACAUCACAAACAAUGUUUUGUGAUGACCUGAGUAGUGGUUAUGACUGUGCAAUAGUUGAGUGCACUAUGUAUAACGUUAAACCUACAGAAACUGAUAAGAGAACUUUUUCAUUGGCAUUCGAACUGGAAACAGACCUGCUUCCACCCUUACAAAAGGGGAAAGCCUUUUUGACGUUUGUGACUCAAGCAGCAGUCUAUCCAACGCCCAGUAACAAAAUCCCACUAUAUUUUAUAAAUAACGUCACAGGCGAGGUGUCUGUGGAUAUCUUGUUAUCUGAGCUGUUUAGUCAGCCAGCUGAGGAGGUGGAGGUCUGGGUCAUCAUUGUCGCCUGUCUCCUCAGUAUAUUACUAUUUAUCGUGGUCAUCGUUGUGCUGUGGAAGUGUGGAUUUUUUGAAAGAAAGAAAAGAAAAGAACUUAAUGCAUUCAAAAGAAAAACGCAGAUGUCGAUUCGAAGCGCGCGUAGUGGUGGUGCCGGCUCAGUAAAAAGUCGGCGUAGUAAUACAGCAGGAUCAUUUAGGGUCAAGAAGAUGGGAGACGACCACGUGAAACUCCAUGAUCAAAAAGCCGAGGAUAACACCGAUAAUUCUACAAUGGAAAGUGCAACUGAAUGCAAAUAAAUCGAUGCAGCAUUAA